AUGUCCUUUCCUAAGGCGCCCCUGAAACGAUUCAAUGACCCUUCUGGUUGUGCACCAUCUCCAGGUGCUUAUGAUGUGAAAACUUCAGAAGUAUUGAAAGGACCAGUAUCCUUUCAGAAAUCACAAAGAUUUAAAAAACAAAAAGAAUCUCAACAAAAUCUUACUGUUGACAAAGAUACUACCUUGCCUGCUUCAGCAAGAAAAGUUAAGACUUUGGGAUUAAAGAAGGAAUCUCAAAAGAAUGAUAAAGACUUGAAGAUGUUGGAAAAAGAGAUUCGUGUCCUCCUGCAGGAACGCGGUACUCAGGACAAGCGUCUCCAGGAUCUGGAAGCUGAGCUGGAGAAGAUGGAAGCAAAGCUCAGCGCUGCAGUCAGGGAAAAAACGUCUCUUUCUGCAAGCAACGCUACGCUGGAAAAGCAGCUUACUGAAUUAACCAGGACUAACGAGCUACUCAAAUCUAAGUUUUCUGAAGAUAGCAACCAGAAGAACCUGAGAAUUCUAAGCCUGGAGCUGAUGAAGCUUAGAAACAAAAGAGAAACUAAGAUGAGGAGUAUGAUGGCUAAACAACAAGGCAUGGAGGUGAAACUGCAGGUCACCCAGAAGAAUCUGGAAGAGUCUCAAGGGAAAGUAGCACAGCUCGAGGGGAAACUUGUUUCAAUACAGAAAGAAAAGAUUGAUGAAAAAUCUGAAACGGAAAAACUCUUGGAAUACAUUGAAGAAAUAAGUUGUGCCUCAGAUCAAGUGGAAAAAUACAAGCUAGACAUUGCCCAGUUAGAAGAAAAUUUGAAGGAGAAGAAUUGUGAAGUUUUAAGCCUUAAGCAGUCUCUUGAAGAAAAUAUUGUUACAUUGUCUGAACAAGUAAAAGACCUGAAUGCUAAAUGUCAGCUACUUGAAAAAGAAAAAGAAGACCUCGUCAACAGGGACAGAAAACGGGAUGAACAUCUGAAUUCUGAAAUACAAAACUUAAAAGAGAAGUUAAUUCUUGAAAAACAAGAACAUGAAAAGCUACAACAAAAAGAGUUGCAAAUUGAUUCACUUCUGCAACAAGAGAAGGAAUUAUCUUCUAGUCUUCAGCAGAAGCUCUGUUCUUUUCAAGAGGACAUGAUGAAAGAGAAGAAUCUAUUUGAGGAAGAAUUAAAGCAAGCUCUGGAUGAGCUAGAUAAAUUACAGCAAAAGGAGGAAAAAUCUGAAAAGUUUGUUAAACAGCUGGAAGAAGAGACAAAAGCUAGAGCUGAAGAACUGAAACUUCUGGAAGAGAAGCUGAAGGGGAAAGAAGCUGAACUGGAGAGAAGUAAUGCUGCUCACACUCAGGCCACCCUGCUUUUGCAGGAAAGGUGUAAUACUGCAGAGCAAAACCUGGGAGGUGUUACUGCUCAAUUCGAAAGCUAUAAAGCAUUAACAGCUAGUGAGAUAGAAGAUCUUAAGCUGGAGAACUCAUCACUUAAGAAAAAAGUGGCCAAGGCUGAGAAAAGUGCAGAGGAUGUUCAGCAUCAGAUAUUGGCAACUGAGAGCUCAAACCAAGAAUAUGCAAGGAUGCUUCUAGAUCUGCAGACCAGAGCAGCACUUAAAGAAGCAGAAAUUAAAGAAAUCACAGUUUCUUCUCUCCAAAAAAUAAGUGAUUUGGAGAACCAGCUCAAGCAGCAAGGUGAAGACUUUAAGAAGCAGCUGGAAGAGAAAGAAGCAAGGAAAGCUGGAAAAGAAAAUACAAUGGCAGAAUUAACUGAGGAAAUGAAUAAGUGGCGUCUCCUUUAUGAAGAACUAUAUAAUAAAACAAAGCCUUUUCAGCUACAACUGGAUGCAUUUGAAGCAGAGAAACAGGCUUUGUUGAAUGAACAUGGUGCAGCUCAGGACCAGCUAAAUAAACUAAGAGAUUCCUAUGCUAAACUAUUGGGCCAUCAGAAUCUCAAGCAAAAAAUCAAGCAUGUUGUGAAAUUGAAAGAUGAAAAUAGCCAACUCAAAUCGGAGGUGUCAAAACUCCGCUCUCAGCUUGCUAAAAUAAAGCAAAGUGAGCGAAACCUUCAGGAGGAGUUGAAUAAAGUUCUGGGCAUCAAACGCUUUGAUCCUUCAAAGGCUUUUCUUCAUGAAAGUAAAGAAAAUUUUGUUCUGAAAACCCCAUUAAAAGAAGGCAAUACAAACUGCUGUUGAGCUCCUAUGGAGUUUCAAGAAUCAUGCAAGUAAAGAUCUGAAAAACCAAGUUGAAGAUUAUUUUAUUCUUAUUAUUCUUGUUGUUGUUGCUGUUGUUAUGAUGUUUGUAAUGAAUACUUUUUAAAUGUAUUUAAUAUUAACUUCCUGUUUUUAGGUAUCUGAAAGCAAGUUCAA